AUGGAGCGAAGUGAGGAGAAAGAUGGCAGCGACAAGCCCGCGGGGAAAGAGCAGGGCAGUGGGGCGGCGGGGCUGAUGCUGAAGAGGGAGAUUGGUCUGUGGAGCGCAGUGUCCAUGACCGCUGGCUGUAUGAUUGGUUCUGGCAUCUUCAUGUCACCACAGGGGGUCUUGGUUUACAUAGGCAGUCCUGGAGCCAGUCUUAUUGUCUGGGCAACCUGUGGACUCCUGGCCAUGUUGGGUGCCCUGUGCUAUGCUGAACUGGGCAGCCUGGUUCCUGAAUCUGGGGGAGAUUAUGCCUACAUUUUGCGAACCUUUGGCUCUCUGCCUGCCUUUCUGGUCAUCUACAUCUAUGUUCUGGUAGGCAGACCAGCCGCCAUCACUGCGGUUUCGCUGAGUUUCGCCGAGUAUGUACUGGCUCCCUUUUACCCCGGCUGCUCCUCCCUACCUCAGGUCGUAGUCAAGAUUGUGGCUUCCUCUUGCAUCCUGCUGCUGCUUCUGAUCAACUUCUGGAGCUCGCGGAUGUCCACUGUGCUAAUGAACGUGUGCACGACUGCCAAAGUGUUCUCGCUGCUAGUCAUUGUAGUGGGUGGGGCUGUGGUGCUGGCGCAGGGCCAUGCUUCCACAGAGUCCCUACUGUUUGCCUUCCACAACACAACACAGCAGGCAGGGCGCAUUGGCAUGGCUUUCUACCAGGGGCUGUGGUCCUUUGAUGGCUGGAGUAAUAUCAACACAGUGAUAGAGGAGCUCAAGAACCCAAAGCAGAACCUGCUGUGGGCAGUGAUGAUUGCCGUCCCCCUGGUCACCAUCCUGUAUGUCCUGGUCAAUAUCAGUUACCUGCUGGUUAUGUCACCCUCAGAGAUCCUCUCCUCUGAUGCUAUGGCUGUGAGCUGGGGGGACCGAGUUCUGGGGUCCUGGACCUGGCUGGUGCCCUUGGCUGUCGCACUUUCAACAUUUGGCACUGUCAACGGGGGGUUCUUCAGCGGCAGCCGCGUGUGCUAUGCAGCUGCGAGAGAAGGUCACAUGCCACAGCUUAUGUCCAUGAUUCAUGUGAAUCGACUUACACCAGUGCCAGCCCAGAUCUUCACCACGGUUGUGGCUUUACUGCUGGUCAUCCCAGGAAACUUCAGCACCUUUGUGAACCUCUUGAGCUUCCUGUCCUGGCUCACCUAUGGAACCACCUUUGCCUGUCUCCUGUAUUUGCGAAUAAAGAAGAAUCUUCCCCACACGUACAAGGUCCCCACUUUCAUCCCUGCUGUCAUGCUCCUGGUGUCUCUCUACCUGGUACUGGCACCCAUCAUUGACCACCCGCAGAUGGAAUUUCUAUACAUCUUCCUGUUCGUGCUCAGUGGCUUCCCAGUGUACUUCCUGCUUUUCCACUUCCAGUGUCAGUUCAAGUGUAUACAAACGGUCACUAUGCAUCUCCAGCUGCUCCUGGAAGUUGCUCCAACCACUAAAGAUCAUUAA